UGUAAAUGUGAAUGGACGAUCGCCGAUGAUAUUAUUAGAUCAGACGGUUGAUACUGUAUACGUCACUAAACUUCCUUCUAUGUUUGCCUUUUUUUUUAUCCCUUUAGAGCAGUUCAUUUUACGCUGCAAUUUCUCUCUCCUCCAUUGAAGCAUACUCUUCAGUUCUCCAUUGAAGCGGCUUCUGAGCUUUCUCUCCUCCAUUGAAGCAGCUUCUAAGGCUCUUGGGCAGUACUCUUUGUGAGCUUUUGGCAAGUCAAAUGGCCUUUUCACCUUGUGGAACCACAUGGGGAGUUCAGUGGGGUGUUCGCCCCCUACUUAUGUCAAGUCAUUCGGUGGAAAGUAAAUUUGCAACCAUUUCAAUUUGUGGACCAAGCAAGAUAAGAGCGAUUCAAUCCCUGAGUUCCAGCAUUUUUUCCCCUGAACCAGUGCAUUUGAUAUUUAAUGUGAGUUCAGCUCGAAGUCCAUGCCAUAAAAGGGGUUUCCGCUUCAUUGUUAGAGCUGAGUCUGACUUCUAUUCAAUUCUAGGAGUAUCACGAAAUGCCAGCAAAUCAGAAAUUAAAAGCGCUUACCGGAAGCUUGCAAGGAGUUACCAUCCUGAUGUUAACAAAGAGCCUGGAGCAGAGCAGAAAUUCAAAGAUAUCAGCAAUGCUUAUGAGGUCUUGUCAGAUGAUGAGAAACGGUCUAUAUAUGACAGAUAUGGGGAGGCUGGUCUUAAAGGAGCUGCAAGUGGCCCAGGGGAUUUCACAAAUCCCUUCGACCUAUUCGAGUCUAUAUUUGACCUUGGUGGUAUGGGAAUGGGGGGAAUGGGAGGACGAGGUGCUAGAAACAGGGCCACUGAAGGCGAAGAUCAGGUUUACAAUCUGGUGCUUAAUUUCAAAGAAGCCAUUUUUGGCAUUGAGAAGGAUAUUGACAUAAGUCGUCUGGAGACCUGUGGUACCUGCAAUGGAUCAGGUGCCAAACCUGGUACUCAGCCAACCAAAUGCAGCACAUGUGGCGGCCAAGGACAGGUCAUCUCUGCAGCACGCACUCCCCUUGGUGUUUUCCAACAAGUUUCCACUUGCUCAGCCUGUGGCGGGACUGGGGAGAAUUCAACUCCUUGUAAUACCUGCAGUGGUGACGGACGGGUGAGAAAAUCAAAGCGCAUUAGCUUAAAAGUCCCAGCUGGUGUUGAUGCCGGUAGUCGGCUGAGAGUUCGAGGAGAAGGUAAUGCUGGAAGGAGAGGUGGGCCCCCUGGAGACCUGUUUGUUGCCAUUGAUGUCAUCCCUGAUCCUGUUUUGAAAAGGGACGAUACAAAUAUUCUCUACUCCUGCAAAGUUUCUUACAUUGAUGCCAUCCUUGGGACAACUAUGAAGAUCCCAACUGUGGACGGGUCAGUAGAUAUGAAAAUACCACCGGGCACACAACCUGGGACAACUUUGGUGAUGGCUAAGAAAGGUGUGCCAUUGUUGAACAAGCCCAACAUUAGAGGGGAUCAGCUGGUGAGAGUGCAAGUUGAAAUUCCAAAACGUCUUAGUGAUGAUGAAAAGAAGCUUGUUGAGGAGCUUGCUAAUUUAAAUAAAGCCAAGGCUCCCAAUAGUAAAAGAUAGCUCAACUGAUAAGUUAGAAAAGGUAUUAUUUUGUGCCGAUGGUGAUUUUGCUCGACUUCCCCUCUAUGAUUGAUCUCAUUACGAACCCCGAAAUUAGCUGAAGUAGAUGGAAUAGGGAUAUUUCCCAAGGCGAAUUUUGUUGUACCUAGUAUACGAACUUUAUGAAGAAGGAAACAACUUAGGUAUUUAUUCUCAAUUUCACUGUUAUGUCACAUCUUUUUGUUUCAAUUUUUUGACUUUGCUUGGAAUAUUGUAUAUUCAUUGGUGCUAUAGCCAUUUAGAAACUGGUGAAAGGUUUUUUUUUUUCUGGGCAGAUAACAGUAGCGGUUAUAGCAAAUUAUAUUUUAUCUGAGAAUGAUGAACAAGGUCUCAUCACUAUUAUUCCUUGUCAGUUUAUCUUGAUACUCUA